AUGUUUAUUGUCAAAGCUAUAAUGGUAUCAAGUAGAAACAAGAAGAAUUUAUUAAGUAGCUAGAAUAUCAACAGCACAAUUUGCGACAGGAAAUCGCAUCUUUAAGUGCCUUUUGGCGAAGUCCUCAAGUUUUCAUUCUGCAUUUAGGCCAGCAAGAGAUAAAGCAUGCACUGCGAAAUUUACGUUGUUGGUGUGAUAUUAGGAUGGACUUUGCACUGUUCAGGAGAAUCGCAAUUGACCGUAGGCGAGAAAGGACUUGAUGUCAUCAUCCUCAUGGACACGUCAGCGAGCAUCGAUCCUGUGUCUCUGGAACUGGCCAAACAGUUUACAAAAAUAAUUGUUAAAAACUUUGGAGUUUCAGCAAGAGCUGACGGAGGCAAUGAAACCAGGUUUGCUCUGAUAACGUUCGACCAAGAUGCUAAACUCGUUUUCAACUUGAAUGAUGCAACUGUGAGAAGUGUUGAUGCGGUUAUAAAAAAGAUAAACGAAAUAAAGACUUCUGGUGGUGGGAAAUCUCUGAUUUCGGCCAUAGACAAGGCAGUGAACGACAUAUAUUUUCCAUUCAUAUUUAAAGAUGUGACAAGAGGAGGUCCAGACACAAAUCGAGCCGUAUUUAUUUUGACCGAUACUGCAAACGACAAUGUUCACAGUACAUUAAGGUUACAUUUAAGAAUAAAAGCCCUUAAAGAGCAUGGGAAGUUUAAAAUAUUUGCUCUUGGUGUUGGUCGUAACAUCGACCGCCAGACCCUUUGGGACAUUGCCAGCGAACCUCCACACGAGCACAUGUUCGUUAUCGAUGUCUUCAAGGACUUGCAGAAAAUUGGUGACAGCAUUGCUGGAAAAUAUCUUGCGCAAUCAAGCGUAGGCGAAAGAGGACUUGACGUCAUAAUCAUCAUGGACACGUCAGCGACGAUUGGAAUUGUGUCUCUGGAACUGGCCAAACAUUUUAUGAAAAUAAUUGUCAAAAACUUUGAAGUGUCAGCAAGUGCUGACGGAGGCAAUGGGACUAGAUUUGCCUUGAUAACGUUCGACCAAGAUGCUAAACUCGUUUUCAACUUGAAUGAUGCAUCCGUGAGAAGUAUUGAUGCAGUAAUAAAAAAGAUAAACGAAAUAAAGACUAAAGAUGGUGGGAAAUCUCUUACGAUGGCAAUAGACAGGGCUUUCAGCGAGAUAUAUAUGCGGUUAAUACAUAUGAAUGCUGCAAGGGGAGGUCUGGACAGAAAUCGAACCGUUUUUAUUUUGACUGAUGCUGCAAUCGACACUGACCAUUAUCGCACAGCAAUGUUAAAAAGGAGAAUAAACAUGCUUAAAGAGCAUGGCAAGUUCAAAAUAUUUGCUAUUGGUGUUGGCCGUAACAUCGACCGCCAGACGCUGUGGGAAAUUGCAAGCGAACCUCCACACGAACACGUAUUCGUUAUCGACGACUUCAAGGACUUGCGGAGGAUUGGGGACACAAUUGCUGGAAAAAAUAUUGAUUUUGGAGAGUGCGGUAAGCCCGGGAAAGUAAACGUACAUCAAGAUACUGGAGACGCCGUCAAGGGAGCGUGGCCAUGGGUAGGUUGGAUAGGCGCUCGAGGAAAAUUGUGCGGGGGUGCGUUGCUAUGCGACAAGUUCUUCAUAACUGCGGCCAGAUGCGUGUCAGAGGUCAACGAAACAACAAAUGAGAUGGUCCCUUACCCAACCCGUGAGAUCAGCGUGAGUCUUGGAAUAAUCAAAUUGUUUGACCAAGACAUCGAACAGCAAAUGACCUCUCCUGUCAACGUCAUUUUUCACCCGAACUAUACCGGUAUUCCGGAGAAGUACGGAGUCCGAUAUAACGACGUCGCCAUUUUGGACUUGGGUGAAAUCAACAAGACCAGACCAACACUGAACUCGUUUAUAAAACCGAUUUGUUUCCCAUACCGUAAAUACGAGUAUUUUAAGUAGUGGCCCUAUAACAAAAUCCCUUUGUUUUGCUUUUUUCUAUACCAAUAUUCUUAUUACAAAUACAAAUAAUGAGUAGUUCAAUUUAGUUUCAGGGAAACUAUUGCAUGCUUGUAAUGAUUAAAAUUUUACGAACUUUUAAUACAAUUUAUGUUUAUUUGGAGUAUAAUGUCUAUUACAAACACAUUCAGUUUGAGUCUGUUUUUUAUUCAGAGCAUAAUUUCAAUAAUUUUGACUUAAAAGGUACAUCUAAUACAACUAGAGUAAUUGUAAUUACGUCUAGCAGUGAG